AUGGCUUCAUUUCCAUCCUUGUUCUCCCUCCAAGGCCGAACAGCCUUGGUGACCGGGGGCACUCGCGGCAUUGGACAGGCAAUGGCCGUCUCCCUCGCCGAAGCAGGCGCUGAUGUCGUCCUCGUCCAGCGAGACGAGUCCAACACGGCAACACGCGACGACAUCACGAACAGAGUAGGCCGAAAGGCUGUUAUCCAUGUAGCCGAGCUGUCCGACCGCGAAGCCAUCAAGAAGAUAAUCCCGGCGCUGGUGCAACAGGGCUUGAAACCGGAUAUCCUGCUCAAUUGCGCGGGGAUCCAGAGACGGCAUCCGAGCGAAAAGUUUCCAGACGAGGACUGGGAUGAGGUGAUCAACAUCAAUCUAACGUCGGUAUUCACACUGGCGCGCGAGUUCGGAGCCUACCUGCUCUCGCGGGACGCAUCAGAGUUCCCCACGGGACGAAGAGGUGCCGUCAUCAACGUUGCCUCGCUGCUCACUUUCCAGGGCGGCGUGACAGUGCCGGCAUAUGCAGCAUCCAAGGGUGGCGUGGGACAGCUGACCAAGGCGCUAUCCAACGAAUGGGUCUCCAAGGGUAUCACCGUCAAUGCGAUUGCGCCGGGAUAUAUCGACACGGACAUGAACGUCGCGCUAAUCAAUGACCCGAACCGCAAUGCAGGCAUCAUGGCCCGUAUCCCCGCGGGGCGAUGGGGUCAGCCUGAAGAUUUCAAGGGCGUCGCUGUCUUUCUGGCUAGCGAGGCUAGCAACUAUGUGUCUGGGGAGGUCAUCACUGUUGACGGAGGGUGGAUGGGCCGAUGA